UUGGUUUAUUGUUAUCAACAUGGCGACGUGAUAGUAGAAAAACGUCGCGAGUUUAGUACGUUUGUUUUCAGAAAAACCUCGCAAAAUGGACGGAGAAGAAAGGUUAAACGGUACCAGCAGUUGGGAGGAGCAGUGCGAAGAUGCGGCCGAGCGCGAGUUGAACGCUUUAGAGGAAAAAUUGGCGGCAGAAAGAGAAGAGAAUUCUCAACGAAUUUGGAUGUCCUUUCAAAACGCCGCGAAUGCCGUUGCCCAGCUAUUCAGAGAGCGGGGUGAAGAGUUUCAUGGUUCCUCCCUGUGGACACCAUUUCAAGACACAGCUAAUUUGGUAACAGUUCUUUACAAAGAUAGUAUUGAUACAAAUAAAAGAAAUUUCGAAGCCGGCUACCAAUUGGGCCACAAGAAACGAAAUAGAGAAGUAAUCGCUUGGGCAAAAAAGAAAAAACGAUCGAUCAGACGUGAUGAACUUAUUUCACAUUUAAGCGGAAGAUCUCCCCCUUGUUAUCAAAGGGCUGAUUCUAUUGAAGACCGAUCUACUGAUGAUAUAGGCACUGACGCUUAUAAUCCUCUGUUACCGCCGGUCGUCCCGACAGUCGGGUUUAAUGGGUGGGGCCGGCGUCGAAGCUCUCGGACGGACACAUUUGAGGACAAUAUGGAGAGUAGGGAGUUUAUUCGUGAAGCUCGCAAAAGAUCGCUUUCGACCCAAGAUGUUGUCAUGGACUCAUCCUUACACAAGAAGUGUAAAUUCCUAUAGCAAUGCCGAAAUUUGAUUGGAAAUGUAUAGAACCUGCACUAACUCCCAGAAAUGAACUAUCUCGGGGUUAGAAAUAUAAAAUAUCUUUUGGAUUACAUAACAAAAUGCUGGCAAUGCCAGUGUGCAUAGCAAUGAUCUGUGUGAAGUAAGUCUUGUGUUUUGUUAAAUGCCCCUAAACAUUAGGAAGACUAUUGUUGUCUGAAAGCAACUUGUAUAUUGGUCAUGUAUUUUGGUGAUGCAAAUGUGCUAGACUCCUAGGUAAUUAGUUGUAUUGUUUUUCUGGUUUUUCUGAAAUGGUUUCAACAACUGCAUAAAAUAUAUGAGACAACUCAACAUUUUAAGCUAAUAACUGUUGCGACUUUUUGGCCCUCGAGUUGAGACAUGCUUGUGUAUUUCGGGCAGUUGUGAGAUGUAUUUCAUGAGAGGAUUGAUUUUUAAAGAAACUGCAACCUCGUUAUUUCCUCAUUUUGUUGUAUAUUUGAAAACUAAAGUGUGUAAAAAUGGCA